AGCAGCUUUGGAGGACCCCGUUUUGCAAAGGGAGACGUGGAGUUGAGUGGGGCGGAACCGAAUGCUUCCUCCUUUGCCCAGGAAGUGGGCUGGUGAGCGGAGUUGGAGUGUCGCGGGUGUCCAGCCCUGGUCUGUCGGUCCACCAUGUCGAAGGUUUCCUUUAAGAUCACGCUGACGUCUGACCCGCGGCUGCCAUACAAAGUACUCAGUGUUCCUGAAAGUACACCUUUCACAGCAGUCUUAAAGUUUGCAGCAGAAGAAUUUAAGGUUCCUGCAGCAACAAGUGCAAUUAUCACCAAUGAUGGAAUAGGAAUAAAUCCUGCACAGACUGCUGGAAAUGUUUUUCUAAAGCAUGGCUCAGAGCUGCGAAUUAUCCCCAGAGAUCGUGUUGGAAGGUGCUAAUAUCUGCUUCUGGGAACAUACAAUUACCUUUCAGAAUAAAAAUUGCUAUUUUCAUUUGGUCAUAAAAGUGAAAUUCGGCAUUUAACAUACAAUGAAAACAUCAGGAGUCAGUGAAACAGUGAAAGGGGACUCUUGUCCCUCCCUGUGCACACCCUUCACGCGAAGAGGAAGUGGUUUUGAAUGGACGGUGCCUCCACCACUGGACGUUCUGGCUGCUGCCCCACAGCACACGCAGGAAGGAAAUCACUUGUGGCAGAUGGAUUAGACAGCUAUUUUUAUUUUUUUAUUUUUUUUGUCUUUUUCAUUUUCAUUUUUAUCGGUACCAGGGAUCGAACUCACGACUGCCUGCUUGUAAGAAGGCAGGCGCUUUGGCCGCUGAGCUAAAUCCCCAGCCACUAGACAGCUAUUUUUUUUUACCUGGGAAAUAAUUGUGAUAAUUUUUUCUGAGUACAUUUAGAAAAUUAAAAUUUCCUAAGUGUUGCAUAAUUAUCUUUGAGUUAAAAAUGUAGAACAAUUGAUUAUGGAUCAUAGAUGGCAGUUUGCUUGAUAGCAUCACACAGCCUCAUACAGAUCCUUCAAUACACAUGUUGUGAUAAGCACCAUAGACAUCCCAAUGGAUGUUUAACUGUUUCAUUAUUUGUAACUUAAGUUUUCAAGUGUAACGUGUUAUGUAAAUUUUAAAUAUCAAAGAACCACAGAUGUCUUUAUUGUGUGCAUAAACUAAUGUCACUGUUAAAGUUCUUAACAGUGUUGUUGCAGAAUCUUAAUAUUUGUCAUGGUGGGACGUAAGGAUAUAGAGAAGCAUCUUUUCCUGAGUUGCACAUUUCUUACAAGUUAUGAAUCUUUUAUCAGUUUCUUAAUGCAACAUUUUUUAUAGAAAAACCCUCAAGAAUGUUUGUUUUGUUUUGUUUUUGAGACAGGGUCUCACUAUGCAGUUCAGGCUGGCAUUGAGCUGACUUUGUAACCCAGGCUGGUCUCAGACUUGCAGUGAUCCUCCUACCAUAGCGUGUGCCACUAUGUCCAUCUGAAAUAACUUUGAAGAUACUAUUUGUGAAUAGCAUUCUGAAAGAAUAUUGUUACAGUGAAUGUCUGAAGUUCACCACAAAGCUUAAAGAAAUACUGACCAGCAAUCCUGAUGAGUUACAUUUAUUGAAGACCUAACUUUUGAAGAAGUGCUAACAUUAAUCACCAAAGUGCAUAACAACAAGCAAAAUUAGGAAAGCAAAGAUGACCAGGCUUUGGCAAAAGGAAUGAGUGGCGAGAACAAGAGUAAUGAGUAACAGAAAACUGUCACAGAGUGUCACAAAGAAUGCCAACAGGUGGGGCAGAACUGUGGAGAGUAUGUUAGAAAAACUGAAACUGAAAGCAGUACUUGACAUAGUCUUAGAAAGCCAAGCACGUUUCUUGUCCACAUACAGACUUACAAGUACCCACUCUGAGGAUUCCAUAAGUGUCUAUAAUAAAAUACUUCAUGAUUACAGUAGAAAUCAGUAUCUGCACACAGUCUGAAAGGUAAAUUAAAGGGCCGUGGUGGUUCAGAAUCAGUGUUUGACCUUGUGGGUAACCUUAGAGCAGAGGUUUUGUCUGUCUAGUUCUUUUCUGAACUAGAAAUGUAGAUAAUCGUUAAAUAAUCCCCAGUUUAUUCAUUAAUAAAGGCUAAGACGGAUAUUUACCUUAGAAUGUUUCAGUCUCUUCACUGUGAUGGCCACAGGUUCAUUGAGAAAAAUAACUACAAUAAAAUGCAAUAGGUCAGCAUCUGAACAGUGGCAUUAAUACUGUAAGAAAUUAACAGGUAUUUUUCACAAAUCUGAUGAAAAAUAUCAAAGGGAAGAUGUUUUGCUAAAUAAUAAAUGUACUGUUUGGAAUGUUUUUGCAAGAAAAAAAAGCUAUCUUAUUCCCAAAGGGAACUAUUAUGCCUCAGUUGACCAGCUAUUUCUAAAUUCCCAACCCUUCAGUUUUUGGCUUAGUUUAAUUUUUUUCCCAUCCUCCCAGCAUAAAAGUGUAUUUGCUGUUUGCAUAGAUAAGUUUAUGGUAUCUUGUGCCAUAAAAAGAUUUAUUUAAUACUUUGUUUCUUUAAUUUUAAGAAUUAGACUGUAGCCCUUAAUGUGUCAACUAGAUGUCAUUAAAUAAAUGUGGCCUAUAAAUUCUGUAUGCAGAAUACUUUGAAUGAACUGUAUUUAGUUUAACUGUAUUGCUGGUCCAUAAUUAAUUAUGAAAAUACAUUGUUAUACUGUAACCCA